AUGCAUUACACGUCCCCCUACCCUCCUCUUCCUCCUCUCCCGGAGCAGAAUGUCCACGAUUUCAUCUUCGGCUCUCCCGCAUUGACUGCGCCGGAGGACAAGCUGCUCCUCGUCGAUCCCCUUUCGGGAAGACGGUGGCACAGGAAUGAGUUUAAGGAGAGGGUCUACGACGCCGCAACCGCGCUGCUUACCCCUGCAUCCGAAGGCGGUGUGGGACUCGGGCCAGAGGGUGAGAUGGUCGCAAUCAUGAGCACGAACUGCUUCGAAUACGUCGCUCUCCUCCACGCAUGCUUCCGAGCCGCAGUCCCCGUCUCACUGAUCCCCUCCGGCGCGACCGCGUUCGAGCUCGAGCACCUCUUCCGGACGUCCGAAGCAACGCGUCUCUUCAUCCACCCGAGUCUGCUUCCGCAAGCGCUCGAUACCGCCCACAAGUUUGGCCUUACGGACGAUCGGAUUUUUCUGCUGGAAGGCCAUGCCGAGGGGCGCAAGUCUUUGGCCGACCUCAUCCGUGAAGUUCGGGUCCGGAAGUUCGCGAGGGCACCAAGCAGGCCCGUUCAGCGCGAUGCGUUAGCCUAUCUCGUGUACUCAAGUGGGACAAGCGGGUUGCCUAAAGCUGUCAUGGUCUCACAUCGGAAUGUGAUCGCGAGCUUGGUGCAAGUCGCAGUUGCGACGGAGUUCGAAGGGCCAGACCCCGUUCUCGAGAAGACCCCCAUUGUCGCGCUCGCAUUCUUGCCUAUGUACCACACCUACGGCCUGCAUUACGGGUGCAUCCGCCCUGUUCUCUCCGUGAUAACAACGGUCAUCAUCCCUAGGUGGAACGCCGAUCUUGUGCUGGACUUGAUACCCAAGUUCCGUAUCUCCUUCCUACCCAUGACGCCUCCAGCAAUCCUCCAGCUCGUCAAUCACCGGCGUAUCCGGGAGGUGGAUCUGAGCUCACUCGUCGUAACGGGGAGCGGGGCCGCCCACCUGCCCCCCAAGCUGGCGAGCCUGUGGAAGAGCUACCUCAAGAACGUCGAGGCUAUCUCUGAAGGGUUCGGCAUGUCAGAAUGCACGAUCUCCGCGACUCGUGCGGUGCACAAAAAGCUCGGCAAGCCGAGGCCCGGGAGCACCGGCGUCUUGCUCCCGGGAGUCGAGGCGCGCAUCGUCAAGGACGACGGCACGCUCGCAGGGCCGAACGAACCGGGCGAGCUCUGGCUCAGGGGCCCGAACGUCGCGCUCGGAUACUGGCGCAACCCGCAGGCGACGGAGGCCACGUUCGGCGGCGGCUGGCUCCGCACCGGGGACCGGUUCCGCGUGGACGAGGACGGACAGUUCUUCUUCGUCGAGCGCACGAAGGACAUCCUGAAGGUGUCCGGCGCGCAGGUGUCCCCGACGGAGAUCGAGAACGCUCUGCUCGCGAACCCGGACAAGCUCGUGUCGGACGUGACGGUCGCUGGCGUCAGCGGCGGACGCACCUCGGACGAGAAGGUGCCUCGCGCCUGGGUCGUGUUGAGCGACGAGGGUCGGAAGCGCGGGGAACAAGUUGUCGUCCAGACGCUUCUGUCCUGGGUCCAAAAGAACCUGAGCAAGUACAAGUGGCUCAGGGGUGGGAUUGAAGUCGUCAAUGAGAUCCCGAAGAACCCGACAGGCAAGGUGCUGCGUCGUGUGCUGCAGGAUCGAUAUGAACAGCAACUGAAGGCUCCCCAGGCCAAGCUGUGAUGACGGUAGCGGUAUGCUAUCGCGCUGCCUACGACACUACAGGUUGUAUGACUAGUCGCAACACAAACAUGAUAUCUAUGGACCGUUCACCGACCGUACAGCAGUCGUCCGCGGCGCCGUACCUCAGGACGCAGGAGAGAACGAGCGGGGGCGACCUCCGAGUUCAGUCAUUGCGAGAACACACCUAGCUCCAUAUACCCUUGCGACAUCACCCUUCCCUCCACAAGACAGUGAUCCGGAGCGAGCGAGCUGAGCACGAACGAGACUGCUAGUAGUCUUAUAGACCACUGUGUCAGGCACCUUGAACAUCUCCGCCCACUCCAACACGUCCUCCACAGUGGGCGUUCCUCGCAUGUCUGCCAUCUUCGAUUGUACGUAGUCUAUCGUACUGACGGUCAGACUCGAACGGAAGGCCACCUGCUGCAUUCAAGUGGCAACGCAGCACCAGUUUCCCUCGAAUUCGGUGAAUAGCUACGUAGCUCGUACAGUGCGAAU